AUGUCUUACCACACCAGUUCCAAACGGUCGCCACCGUUCUGGCUUCUGAUUGGUGCUAGAAAAACACAAGUUUUCUGGCACCAAUCAGAGGCCGGAACGGCCUAGGGAAUUUCCACAUAUUGCCCCCGAAAUUGUGGGAGGAUUCAGAGGCCAAAGCGUUGCCAGUGACAUUUUUAGCCUCACAAAAAUUGCGGAGACAAUUUUUAGAAAAGCGGAACUGGGACACCUUCCUGUCUUGUUUGUUCAGGCCUUGAAUGCAGACCCAACAAAAAGGCCAAGUUUGGACAAAAUUAUAGCGAUCAUGUAA